UGGAGGUGCCAAUGGGGAACGUCCCCUGGCACAUCAAAAGCACAAGCGUCCACACCCCCUGAGUCCACACUCCCUGAGGCUUUGUGUUAUUGCAGAGGAAGUCAUAUGGCAUUGUUUACAAACUUUGAUAAAGCGUCACAUACCCAAUGCCACCACUCACCACACUCAGCUGUCCUCACAAUGCUUUCGUCAUGGCUAUUGAACCUCCUAAGAAAACAAGGAGACAAUGAUUCACUGACACCGAGACCUUUACCUUGGUGGAGGAGGUGUAGAAUUGGGGUGCGGUGGACAGCAAAACUCGCACCACAAAAGGGAGUCAAGCGACAUUGUUUACAAACUUUGAUAAAGCGACCCCUUCUGCCUGUGGGGCUGUUCCUCUGAGACCAUGGACCACUUCCUGCUCCUUUGGCAGUGUUUCUACUCCUACCGCACUGCACUUCGCUACCCACUCUCUGCCGUGCUGAGCAUCACAUCUCUCAACCUGCCCAGACUCAGCCGUCUUCCCCUCAUGGCAACUGCCUAUCCUGAGGUCCAGAGGAAAUUUAAGGACCUCCGACCCAUGUCAAGAGCAAGGCUGCUGCAGAACAGCAUCACACUGCAGGUACUGGUGGGGGACCUCCAGAUGAGACAACAUACACUGCUGUGGAGUUGUCAAGCUGUGGAUGUUGUCUCAUACAGAAUUUGCAGGAUUGCCAUAACCUGAAAGUGAUGGCGCCACACUGCAAGUGUCAGGGCCUCUAGAAGGACCACAGCCUUCCACCAGUGGUGUUGCUAGGUCUGCAGGGGCAUCUGGAUUUGACAAUGCUGUGUCAUCUGCACUGGAUGAGAACAUCUUUGUUCAAAUUAUCCAUGUUACAGAUGACUACAUGCAAUGGUGGCCACUCAGACUUGGAAGUUCUCUCUCAAUCACAGGAAACCCAACAGCAGAUUCGUCUGAGCAUGGAUGAGCUGGUGAUGGUGCAGCAGGAACAGGGGCUGGCUGUACAAAACAUGUCCCAGGCACUCUGACAAUUUGUUGAAGUGCAGAGGAACAUUCUGCAUUCAUUGCAGCAGCUGGUAACACUUGCUGAGCACUUCAUUAAUGCCAACACCAGCCAGCAAUGAUUUAUAGGAUUCUAAUGUUUACC